AUGGCGAUAUCCAUAUCCGUCGUUAAUAUACUGGCGUGCAUCGGCACAAUCGUGUGCCUAGGCCUCGCCGAGCGCAUCGUCGACUUCCUCUUCUUCCACUUCAGCACACCUGCCAAGCCCCUCGAGGCCUAUCGCCGCCGCGGCCCGGAACCAGCCUACGCACUCAUUACCGGGGCCAGUGCGGGAAUUGGCUAUGGCAUCGGCCAGGCCCUAGUGAAAAAUGGAUUCGGUGUAAUUUUACUAGGGCACAAAGAGGACGAGCUAGCGGAGGCGGCAAGGAAGCUCGUGACGCAGGUACCAGUGGAGCAGCGCGCCGAGGCGGAUACAUUCGUCAAGACCAUCGUCAUGGAUGCGCAGACCGCUACGCCAAAGGAGAUGGAAGAUAAGCUGCGUGCGGCGAUCGUCGAAAAAGGCCUCCGCGUGUCCAUUCUCGUCAACAAUGUCGGGGCGGUUCCCAUCGCGACGCCCGUCUUCCGUGAGCUGGCAACCUACUCGCCUGGCGAGAUCGACGCGAUGAUCGACCUGAAUACGCGAUUCAUGGCGUGGCUGACGACGCUCAUGCUCCCCGUGCUGGCUCACAACGGAUCUGGGACUGAUGAGCAUGGAAUGACUUUUGGAACGCACAGGCGAUCACUUAUUAUCAAUCUGAGCUCGGCCGGCUUCGUUGGCUUGUCGUGGAUGGUCAUGUACAGCGCGGUCAAGGCAUUCAACCUGGCUUUCAGUCGUGGCCUAGCCAGAGAGCUGGAGACUAGUCCUGACACACAGCAUAUCGACUGUCUCUGUGUGAUACCUGGGGACGUGAGGAGCCAGUCCAACUGCGUAGGUUCCAGUAGAGGGGCGCCAGACUCGGAUACGUACGGAGAGUAUAUUGUGACCAGGGUAGAUGGUGCUGUCAGCCGAGGAUGGAGGGAAUUCAGCCCCUACUGGCUGCAUCACUUGCAAAGGAUUCUCAUGGAUAUUCUGCCGGAGCGAUUUGUGACAAAGGGGGUGGUUGAUUCGAUGAGGCAAAAGAAGACGGCUUUUGAUGAGUUCCAGAAGCCGAAGGACGAGUAG